AUGGCUGAUACUGCAGAAGAACUCCAUUUGUUACAGAAUACAUGGGUUAUAUCUGAACAAUAUCAACAGGAAGAGAAAGCUGAUAAAGCUCGCGAUUAUGAGAGUUCGUUUGAGAAGAUCUGUUCAUUCAACACGAUCGAAGAUUUUUGGGGUUAUUGGAACAAGCUUCCGCGCAUUUCGGAUGUAUUCUUUGACGGUAAUGAAAAGAUUGUAAUCCGAAAUGACGAAAGAAAUCCUGGCGAAGGAAGUCGAAAGUACAAAAUCCAGAGCCAGUGUCUAUUCAAGGAAGGAGUUGAGCCAAAGUACGAAGACGCUCAGAACCGUCGAGGAGGUAAUAUGCGUGUAUUAUUUGGAAAAGAGGAUCACGCGAAGUUGUCGGAUGUUUGGGAAACAGUGGUUCUGAGUCUGAUCGGUGAAAGUCUUGACGAUGGGGAUAACAUAACGGGCGCUCGUGUGGUUGACAAAUCGGUUCCGUAUAAGAAACAAAUCAACCACCGAAUUGAGAUUUGGUUCCGUGAGUGGAACGACGAAGGUUUCCGCAAUGUAUUGAAAGAGCGAGUGGAGGGAAUAUUGCGCGAUAAUGGACUGGAAGGGCGAGAAAUCUCGUUCUAUCAAAACGAUUAUUCGAAAUGGAAGUGAUGGAAGCGAUUG